AUGCGAGAAAAGAACAAAAAGAGGAAAAAAAAAAUUGUCUUAUGAAUUUAAUAACAAAAAUUCACCAACAACACAAUAGAACCUCUGCGGAAUCCCAUCCAGAUUUAUAUAUUCAUUCAUUAACAGCUUGAUUCCCUCUCUCUUUUCAUUCGCAGUUUGACGAGCCCUAGAUCUUGAAUCCAGAUUUCAGUUCUUUUCAGCUCCCGUUCUCAGAUAUCUGUGGCUGUCGGUUGGAUACCAAUUCAUUGUCUGAGGUGUGAUGGUGGAAGGAAAGUCUAGUGAAUAAGAGAAUUACGUGGAGAUAAAGCGGUGAUGCAUUUAUACUAGAUGAAGGCAGGUCAGGUGUGGCAUCUGGGCAACAUUGGUGUCAUGCAGAUCUUGCCUGGGACUCGCCACCGCCCUCCUUUGAAGAGGCCUAUAUGGAUUAUUUUCUUGGUUUCAUUAGUCAGCCUUUUUCUAGUUUGUGCCUACAUCUAUCCACCACAGGGCAGUGCUGCCUGCUAUGUAUUUUCUUCUAGGGGUUGCAUGGUUCUUUCUGAUUGGCUGCCUCCUGUUCUGGCUAGAGAAUAUACUGAUGAAGAGAUUGCAUCUCGUGUUGUGGCUAGAGAAAUUUUGAAAAUGCCUCCUAUCAAGUCCGAAAAUUCUAAAAUAGCAUUUAUGUUCUUGUCUCCUCAUUCGCUGCCUUUCGAGAAGCUUUGGGAUAAGUUCUUCCGUGGUUAUGAAGGAAAAUUCUCUGUUUAUGUCCAUGCUUCAAAGGAAAAGCCAGUGCAUGUUAGCCGUUACUUCUUUAAUAGGGACAUACACAGUGAUGAGGUUGUAUGGGGAAAAAUUUCAAUGGUUGAUGCAGAGAGACGUUUAUUGGCCAAUGCUCUUAAAGAUCCUGAUAAUAAGCAUUUUGUGUUACUUUCUGAUAGUUGUGUACCAUUGCAUAGUUUUGAGUAUGUCUACAACUAUCUGAUGCAUUCCAAUAUCAGCUUUGUUGACUGCUUUCGGGAUCCUGGACCACAUGGAAAUGGCAGGUAUUCAGACCACAUGUUACCUGAAGUUGAAAAGAAAGAUUUCAGAAAGGGUGCACAGUGGUUCUCAUUGACACGUCAGCAUGCUGUGAUAGUUUUGGCAGACAAUUUGUACUACUCGAAGUUCCGAGAUUACUGCAAGCCAGGUUUGGAGGGCAAAAAUUGCAUUGCUGAUGAGCAUUACUUGCCAACGUUCUUUCAUAUACUUGAUCCUGGUGGUAUUGCAAAUUGGUCUGUAACACAUGUUGAUUGGUCUGAGAGAAAGUGGCAUCCAAAGUUGUAUAAGGCUCAGGAUAUCACUCUUGAGCUCCUGAAGAAUAUUACGUCAAUCGAUGAAAGCAUACAUGUCACAAGUGAUGAGAAGAAGGAAGAGCAGGUACAACCUUGUCUAUGGAAUGGUAUCAAGCGACCAUGUUACUUAUUUGCGCGGAAGUUUCAUCCAGAGGCUCUAGAUAAACUGUUGAAGCUUUUCCCAGAUUACACAACACAGUUUGACAGGGAUUUUUGACUCUAAAUUCUUUGGAUUGAUUGGUUUUCAUCUUGACCCCCUCACCACUCACUCCAUCUUGGCUGCUCGUAUGGCAUAGAAAGUUUGUAAUUGCUGCAUCAUUGAGGCUUGAAUCUAUCCCCAGCGAUUAUUGUUUUGUAGGGUGGCAACAGGGAGGAGCAGUUUAGGUGACUAGAGUGAGGCUGGAGGCUAGCAAUUGUUAUUUUGUUUCUCCUUUCCAGGAGGGUUAUAUAAUUCUUGUCCAUUUUUUCCCUCGAUCAUGGGCUGUCAAUUUGUUAAAGGGAUAGAGAUUUUUGGGGAUUCAUUUUCCUCCCUCCCUCUCU